GCCCCUGUGUAGUAGGGCGGGUAGAACCCGUUGUUUGGGUUCUCGUGUUGAUGUCAAAAAGUUACACAAGCUGUAGSAGCGAGGUUUUAUAACAGUGCGGUUUGACAACUGUCAGCGAGGCGUCGGCGCUCACGUUUACCGAGUUUACCUCCGAACGAGGCGCAGAGAGGACCUCAACCCGACCUUCGGUCUAAAUCAGAGGGGAAACGUUUGACCGACUCGGGAUUUAUUCGACUUGGUUGAGCUUCUUGACUGUGAUUGUCUCAGCUGAGGUCCGUGCUUUGAGCAAACGUUCACCGCCUCCUCUCACGUUUCUGGCCGUCAUGGAGUUCAGUUCGGUGAUUUUAACCACCGGGAGCUCCGUGGUGUUCUUCAGGCUUGUGAAUGCCGGUGUGGGGAGACUCCCGGUGCCCGAGCCUGCGCGCAGGAACGUCUGGAAAUGGAGAAACAUCUCCUCAUCCUUCGUCCACAGUGUCAUCACUGCCAUAUGGGCAGUGCUGUGCUUCUUCUUUCAACCACAGAUGGCUGAGGAUCUGAUAGAAACUUACUCUGUCUUUUCUCACGCUUUGGUGUCCUUUUCAAUCGGUGAGAAGCAUUUCUUUGUUUUAUUCUUAUCAGUGGAUUGUGAUUCGUUUCCCAUCCAAGUCAUCUCAUCUUUGCCAUGCUGUGAUUCUCUUCACGUUACGAGGAUAACAGUACACCGACAGCGGGAGGAGGGUCCAGCCGAGCCGAAGCUGGACUGUCCGCAGGAACAGCUGAUCAACCAGGUGAUCACCUGUUUCGGCCUUUCUGUCGUCUCGUGUCGCUACGUGGGCUUCGCCGUGGUGGCCCUGCUGGUGGAGAUCAACUCUGUGUUCCUCCACUUCAGGCAGAUGCUGCGCAUGGCCAACAUGGCCGCCAGCACGCUUCACCGCAUCAACAGCAUGAUCAACCUGGGCACGUACGUGGUUUUCCGGAUCAACACGCUGGCCUGGAUGACCCGCUGGCUGGUAAUCAACAGGGACAACGUGCCCCUCGUGGCGUACACGCUGGGCAGCGUGGGAAUGGCCAUCAUGACGGCCAUGAACAUUAUCCUCUUCUGCCGGCUGCUCAGGAGCGACUUUUUAAAGAGCAGCAUGCGGGACGGCAAGAAGGAGAAGGAGACAUAGUGCUCUCGUCGCUCCUCGUUUGCACCCAGUGGCUGAGACGGACACCUGCAUAUGCAGAUGGAAGAAUGUGUUCAUAUCUGUAUGAAGAACCAAACGACCUCUCUUUAAACUACAGCGCACAUCUUUUGUGCUGAAAGAAACCUCUUCCUGUCAGCUGCAGGUGUAAAACAACAGGAGGCCUUUAUUGCUUACACCAAACGCCUUAUUGUCCCACUGGGUGAUAAACUGAGGACAUGAAACAAAUUCUUCUGCCUCCGGUUAAUAAAACAUCUUCAGCUACAUCACAAUAAUAUUUUAUUUUUAUAUUGCGGUGUUAUUUUUUAUUUACAGCCGAGUUAAACCUGUUAAGAGGUGAAUGACGUGUUUACCGCCAAAGCACCUCGACAAAAGAAAUGCCUGCUACCUCAGAACCUGCUCUAGUUCUUUACCUCUACCCCUCAUGAUUCGCUGUUGGUGGUACUCUGUUCACUCUCAGCAAAUAAAAUGUAAAGUAAGCAGAGAAAACGAUACAGUAGGACAAACCCUUGCUUUGAGUUUAACUUUGAAGAAGCCUUUAAAUGAAGCAGAACAUAUUUUAAUUUAACAUCAGUGCAACUUGUAGCAAAUUUUAGGUUUGUUUUACAUAUUAAAGACAAAAAAAUUCUGAAUAGUUUAAUCAGGCGUAUAGUAAUUUAUGAUUACAAAGUACAAUCAUACUACCUGUACUUAGUUUAAGCUGGUCUGUGUUUGUCUGUAAGGCUUUUUCCUCGUGCAAGCAGACUUAAACCCUGUGAUUUAAGAGGUAAACAAACUGCAUAUUGGCUAAAAUGCUGUGAUACAAAUAGCCUUUUUUUAAACACCACCAUGACUUUAAGUCUGCAGUAGGAGCUUUCAGACAGAAGAGGAGCUGCUAUUCUUUGCAUGACCGCUAGAGGGCAGCACAUUCCUAAACAUCACCGCAGUGACCUCCAACUCCAAGCAGCCAAAAAACCCGCAGAUGUUUGUGUAUUGUAACUAUUUUUUUCCAAGAUCAUGCCUUUUUAAUUCAAAGAAUGUUAAGAAAUAAAAACAGACAUGGAGAUUUUCCAGAGGAACAACAAGCAGAUCUGAGAUCUGUGGACUGUUAAACACAACCGUCUCUUCCAACACUAAUCAUCUAUUUACAGAUCUGACACAAUGUUGAAACAUAUUUUCUUUUGUGCAACAUCAGUGUUCAAUAAUUGUAUGCAUUUGUAAUUUAUUUUUACUUAAAACAAAUUGUGGAUUGAAGAGUAAAAAAAUAAAGUUUAUUAUUGUAGCUAUAUGAUGCAUUUAGUUGCUGAAAGGCGUUUUUGACUGUUGUUUUCUUCACUCAGUGACUGUAAUUUUAAGCUCUAAGAUGUGGUCUAACUUUAUUACAAACUUAUUUCAGUGUAGAAACUGUACAUAGGAAGAAAACGUUCCUGAGGUGUAAACAUGUGCACUUAUUCCUGCAGCCGAUCAGGAGGCAUUACACUCGAAACCUGUUUGAAUUUUUAUGGUUCAGGCAGAAAACAGGCCUCUUGUAAAAAAAAAAAAAAAAUUGCCCCAUUUUGCAUUGUGUCAAGAGUGUUGGUCUGUUUUCCAAAUUAAAUAUUUUGGGCAGCUUAGUGGUUGUUAUGAAGAUAAUUGGUGACGAUUGAAGUUGUUUUUUAAUAUGAUUUCAGAUGCGUAAUAUGUCAAAUUUGUGCAAAUAACACCAAUUGUUUCAGCCAAGUCCAAAUUCAGAAACUAACACCCCAUUUCCCUUUUGUGUUUCUGGCUUUUAUUUCCAAAUACAACUCUACCAAAACUGUAAGAACAUAUUUGUGGCUAACAUUGUUAAUGAGAUUUUCAGGAUACGGCUGUAAAAAAACAACAACUUUGUAUCAUCACAGUUGAAUGGAACAAAAUAACAGUUUUAUUUUUUUUGUGUUUUAGUAAGAAUGUUUUGUAAUUGAAUCUCCUGUUAAGUUUGUAUAACAUCACUUUAAUGUGACAAUAAAGUUUAAAUGAUUUGUCUGA